AUGCUGGAGCUUGCUUCAAAAGGCACUGCCAUUUCCAGAAAGGGCACUACCAUUUCCAAAAAGGGCUUCAAGAAGGCAGUCGCUAAAACUCAAAAGAAGGAGAACAAAAAGCGCAAGAGAUGCCGCAAAGAGAGCUAUUUUAUUUACAUCUACAAGGUGUUGAAGCAGGUCCACCCGGACACUGGAAUUUCUUCCAAGGCCAUGAGUAUCAUGAAUUCUUUUGUUAGUGACAUUUUUGAGCGCAUUGCCGGUGAGGCUUCCCGCCUGGCGCAUUAUGCCAGGCGCUCGACCAUCACCUCCAGAGAGAUCCAGACGGCCGUGCGCCUGCUGCUGCCCGGGGAACUAGCCAAGCACGCUGUGUCGGAGGGCACCAAGGCUGUCACCAAGUACACCAACUCCAAGUAA